AUGGUUCACCAACAAGAGCGUUUCAAAGGAAAUGUUGGAAAUGUCGAAAUUCUCAAGGAAAAAAUUCAAUUCCGAAAUGGUAAAGUUGCGUUGAACCGGCUAAUGAAGGUGAGUCCAAUUUAUGAAAAAAAAAUAAAAUAAAUUUCAACUUAUUUUAAGUCUCCAAUGUCAGAAAAGAUUUAUAAUUGGGAAGAUCCUUCGGAAGAAAAACGCGGAGUUCCAAAUCAACAAUUAGUCAAUUUAUAUGAAAAAUGGGGAUUUGGUGGAUUCGGUAUCAUUUUCUUGGGGAAUGUCGUUCCCGAUCCAAAAUAUAUUUACGAAGCAGGUCAAGGAAUUGUUUCGAGAGAAAAUGAUAGUUCAGAAAUGAGAAAUUGGUAUGCAAAAAUGGCGAGAGCCGCAAAAGCGAAUCAUUCUCUUGCAAUUGCUCAAAUUAACAAUCCAGGCGCAUGGGCUUUGACAUCUUAUACUGAUAAUCGAGGAAGAGUUCACAAAAUAUCAGAUGGAGUUGAAAAUCCACUCGAAUUUGAUGGGGAAAAAUUGAGAAGCGAAGUAAUUGGUCGACUUGUUUAUGCUGCCAAACUUUUGAGUAACUGUGGAUUUGAUGGAAUCGAAAUAAUGUCUGCUCAUGGAAAUCUUUACAGUAGUUUUUUGCUUGCUAGCAAUCCAAGAAAAGACGAAUAUGGAGGAAACAGAAUUGAAAAUCGAGCAAGACUUCAUGUUGAAAUAUAUAAAUAUAUUCGCAAAGAAAUUCCAGCUGCUUCUGGAUUUUUGAUUGGAAUCAAAAUUAAUUCAGCAGAUUUCCAAAAUGGUUAUUCAGAUGAAGACAUUAUCAAAUUCUGCGAAAUUAUCGAAACAACUGGAUAUGAUUUUGUUGAAAUAACUGGUGGUCAAAUGGAACAUGUUAUCAAAGAGGAAAAUCAAAGAUCUUCAACUAUUGCUAGAGAAGAUUUCUUUGUGAAAUUAAUUAAAAUGGUGACCAAGGUUUUCAGUAAAACAGUAGUUUAUAUAACCGGAGGAUGGCAAACUGUUGGAGGAAUGGUUGAUGCUGUUAAUCUCGGAAUUACACAAGGAAUUGGAUUUGCAAGAGCAAGUGCAGCCGAACCAAGUAAGUUCUAUCUUUUUCUUUUCUGAUUCCGGAAAAAAAACAUUUUGUUAAAGAUCUCGCUCGAAAACUUCUCACUGGUCAAGCUAACGCAGUUCUUCAUAACAAAUUCGGUCCAAGUGAUUUUAUGACUUCAAAACAUGCAGCACAUUUCCAAAUGCGUUCUGCAGCUCAAUCUUCCAUCGAAAAUGUACAAAGUUCAACAGAUGGAAUACCAGAUUUCACAAAUGAAAAAGAAGCUAAUCAUUUCGCUGAAAAAGCCGCCGAAUAUAUGAAACAUGUUGGAGAAAAUGGAAAACCAGAUAGCUUUGCCGAAACUAUUUCUUAUAAACCGUUGUAG